CAGGGGCUUUGCAGCCAUAGCAAUUUUUGGCACAGCGCAAGGAGAAAGGCAACCACUAGGCAGCUGUUGAGCCCCGCUCUCUCCCACCUUGCAGCAUUCACUAAGAGCACCUGGGCCGGCUCAUUCUCCUCGUUUCAUCGGUCCGUGUGCAUUAGCGCAUCACACAUUCUUAGUUAGAAGCGUUCGUUACCUCCCAACAUGGCAGCUGAAGCGGGGAACCUGCGCAACCUAGGCGCAGACGAGCUCUUCAACGAGCGAGUCAGAUUCUUCCAGGAGUUCCUGGACGAAGACUAUGGCGAAAACCAAUACAAGGAGAAGAUUCGCAAGAUGCUUAUCGCCAAAGAGAGGCGGCUCAUGGUUAGCAUCAACCAUCUGCGGCAGUACAACCGUGAAUACGCUCAAGGACUCCUUCAAGCUCCGAUGGACUACCUCCCACCUUUCGAUAAAGCCCUGAAAGACAUUGCUCUGUCGUUGCAGAACCCUGCGGCGGUCACGGGCAAUGGGAGAAUGGAGGAGCAGAACUUUUACGUUGGGUUGGAAGGAUCAUUCGGAGACCAUCAAGUCAGCCCGAGGAAUGUCAGCUCAGGUCAUCUGGGGAAGAUGAUCUCGAUUGAGGGGAUUAUUACACGAUGCUCGCUUGUGAGGCCAAAGGUUGUGCGGAGUGUACAUUAUUGCGAAAAGACCGAAGUGUUUCACAUGAGGGAGUAUAGGGAUGGGACGAGUUUGGGCAAUGCUGUGCCUACCGGGGCUAUUUACCCCAAAGAGGACGACGAGGGCAACAAAUUGACAACGGAAUUCGGAUUCUCCGCAUACCGCGAUUACCAAACCGUUUCGCUUCAGGAAAUGCCCGAGCGCGCGCCUGCAGGGCAGCUUCCUCGCCCGAUCGAUGUCAUCCUGGAUGAUGACCUCGCCGACAAAGUGAAGCCCGGAGAUCGCGUACAGAUUGUCGGCGUGUUCCGCUCGUUAGGCAAAUCUGCCGCCAACGUUUCUGCUAUUUUCAAGACCGUAAUUCUGGCCAACAGCAUCCGCCUGCUCUCGAAGGAGGUGCAGCAGCCGCAGGUCACGGAUACCGACAUCAGCGAUAUCAAGAAGAUCGCAAGGAGGGAGAAUGUCUUCGAAUUGUUGGCGCAGAGCUUGGCCCCUUCGAUAUACGGGCAUGAUUACAUCAAGAAGGCCUUGCUACUUCUGCUUUUGGGCGGAAUUGAGAAGAACUUGGCCAAUGGAACGCAUUUGAGAGGUGACAUCAACAUGCUCUUGAUUGGAGAUCCUUCAACGGCAAAGUCUCAGAUGCUGCGGUUUGUCCUGAACAUUGCCCCAUUGGCGAUCGCGACGACUGGACGCGGGUCAUCCGGUGUAGGUUUGACCGCAGCGGUGACGACAGAUAAGGAAACUGGCGAGAGGACACUGGAAGCUGGAGCAAUGGUGUUGGCCGAUCGUGGAGUCGUGUGUAUCGAUGAAUUCGACAAGAUGAACGAUGUGGACCGUGUGGCGAUCCACGAAGUCAUGGAACAGCAAACUGUCACGAUCGCAAAGGCUGGUAUUCACACCUCGUUGAAUGCAAGGUGCAGCGUAUUGGCGGCAGCCAAUCCUGUCUACGGACACUACAUGAUCGAUAAGCCUCCCCAUCAGAACAUUCUUCUGCCGGACUCUUUGCUAUCUCGUUUCGAUUUGGUGUUUGUCGUGCUGGACACAACGGAUGAUGAAUUGAACCGGAUGAUCUCGGAACAUGUUGGUCGUGUUCACCGAUAUGUGCCACCAGGGUUGGAAGAGGGUGCACCCAUCAACGACUCUAUGAUGCAAGGCCUUCCCGGAGCGUUCAGCAGUUCGGCCAACGAAGAAGAGACUCAACGCACGGAGGUGUUCCAGAAAUACAACAAGCUGCUGCACGUCGGAUUGCGCGACAAGGCGGGCACACGCACGCGCAGCGGUCGACGGAAGGAGGCGAAGAUUGAGCUGCUAUCGAUUAGCUUCUUGAAGAAGUUCUUGCACUACGCGAAGACGAGAGUAAAGCCUGUGUUGACGGAGGAUGCGACAGAAUAUAUUUGCCAGGAGUACUCGGAACUGAGGGCAUCGAAGGAGGGUGAGGGUGACAAGUACAGGACAAUGCCCAUCACGGCGCGUACGCUUGAAACUCUUAUUCGGCUGUCGACCGCUCACGCAAAAGCUAGGCUGAGUCCGCGUGUAGAAAAGAAUGAUGCCGAGGUCGCUGUAGAGAUCUUGAAGUUCGCUCUCUACAAAGAAGUGAAAGUAAAGAAACGGACGAAGCGCGCAAAGAUUGCCGACGAUUCGGAAUCAGAAGAUAGCGACGAUGAUAGUGAUGGAGAGUACACUGGCAGGAGUAAACCAACAACACCAAGGCGUACCACGAGGGCCGAGCAGAAUGCAGUGGAUCAGACGGCGAACGCACUUUCCCAGAUGAACGUUGAUAUGGAUCAUGCCGAGCCAAACGGCACUGCCUCCUCCGGCUCUACGGGCGAUUUGACGGGUCUGAUCGAGUCGUCGGGCUCCGCAACCUUAAACAACACCACGCAAGGCGCCUCGUCAUCCAAUACACCCCUCGACCCGCAGCGCUUCGACCAGUUCCGACAAGGCCUCUUCAGUGUCAGAGAAGUCCUCGAGCGAUCCGGCAGCGAUGGCACUGCCAUGGUGCACGACAUCUUGUCGCAUAUCAACAACAGCAUCCCUGAACAGGAACGAUUCGCGUUGGAGGAGGUCAAGAUGGCUUUGAGGCAAAUGUCGGCCCAGAACACCUUAUGGUAUCAAGAGCAGGAGGAGACUGUCAUCUUUAUCUAAAAGGGGAACUUCUGGCGUAUGGGACGGGUGUAAACCAUAGGUAGGGGAUUUUCCUUCCUCCCUCAAUAGCCCCUUAGCUCCAUUUAGAGGAGAGUCGUUUUGUUUUCAUUUGUAAAUCUUUGUUACGACUUUGCGGGCUUUGGAAGGCUUAUAAUAAUAGGCUCUGCGUGGAUUCGAUGAAUUCCGAUGCUUGAACGAGGCUCUCGAUUGGUGUCCUCCUGGAUAAUGGAUGCUGCGAGUGCAAAGAGCGACAGUCUGGCAGAAGGUCA